AUGGCUAGGACUAGAAGCAAAUCAACCGUGCUGCAAAUAGCAAGUGAUGUGCAUAUGACAAAGAAUGACUCAACGUCCCUUCACGACAAAAUUAAUCCUAACCCAACAACGUUUAAACGUUCGAGAUCCAAGUCGGAAUCAAACGACCGUAGAGCAUUUACAGUGCAAUAUGAUUUCUUAUACCCGUUGUGCCAGCAAGAGAAACAAACCGUUUGGACACAAUUCAUUGAGUCGCUCGACUUUGAUGUUGUACUAAAAACAGAAAACAUAGAACAUAUCAAUGCCAAACAUUUGAAUUCAAUGCUUGAAUUCCAGAGCAACUUGCAAAUGAAUCGAGAUCAUCUAAAUGGACUCAUUAGCCAAACAGAUACAUUGAUAGAAGAUGUCAACAGCUGCUUUCAACAGUAUAAACGUAUUUCUGAGAAAACACUGGACUUUGACGCAAUGGCCAACGAGUUACUCGAGAAGCAAACUUUGCAUGAGCAAAAAUACAACAAAAUUCAUUCCAACUUGAAGCAUUUUGAGCGUUUGGACUCUAUUACAAAAAGUUUGUCCAAAUCGGGCAGCCACUUGCUAACUAAUCGACGCUCAUUUUUCAUCAAUGAUAUUUUGCGCCAUUUGGACGAUUCCUUGGAGUUCAUGGAUGAACACCCCGGGUACAAAGAUUGUGAAUUGUACAAGAGUAGGUUUCGCCAAUGCAUGACUAGAGCCUUGACAUUGAUUCGAAACUUCUUGGGCAACGAGUUAAGAAGUACUGAUGAAACAGUGAGUUCAAAAUUGAAGCGCAACUCAGAUGAAUCAAAGCAAGUUGUUACCAUUGAUUUGUUGAUUUAUAACGAGUUUAAUCUUUACUUAAAACACAGCCAAGAGACUUUCCACGAAUUGGCUAGAGAGCUAUUUAAGCGAAGUGUCAAACACGAUGAAUACAAUGGGUUAAUUAAUGAUGUUUUAAACACUUAUUUUCAAAUUCGAGGCAAAUUGUUGAAACACUACAUAGAUAAGACAUCAACUAUUAAUGAUCUGUACAAAAAGCAGUCGAAUAUUGAUUUGGUCCAAACCUGUCAAGAUCAAAUAUCCUAUUUUAAAAAGAUUGUCGAAAAGGAGUUUGUUUUAUUUAGCAAGUUUUUCACCCCAUCGUUUUAUGAAGAUGAAUUAAAAGCAAUGAUCUGGGAAGAGUUUUAUGCGUUUUUGAAGAACGUGCUUGAUCCGUUAUACGAUAUUAUUCGUCUAUGGGUCCUUAAGGAAGUCAACAUCAGUUCAUUAUGCCAAUUGACGACCUUGUUACAAAAAUACUAUGAGUUUGAAGAUUUGGACGAUCCAAGUGGUAGUGUUGUUGAUUCACAGAGCUAUUUUGGAAUUGCACAACAAGACACAACUAUAAGAUAUGGCUUUUUAUUUCAACCAGUCUUGGAUGACACUCAACAUCGAUUAAUCUUUAGAAUACAAAACUAUGUUGAUACCAGAUUGUUGAAGUACAAACCAAGUGCUGUGGAUUUGAAAAUAGGUCACAAGAAACAAUCAAAAACCAAGACUGUAAAUCCUUUGGAUGAGGAGUAUGACGAGAACUUAUUUCCUGACGUGUACCUUCCCUUGGCCAAGGCCAUGACGUUAUUGUCAAACAUAUACGAGCUAAUUGAUUCAGCCGUGUUUGACGACAUAGCUCAUUACAUUGUUCACGCAUGCAUAGUUUUGUUAAAAGGCGAAUAUUCGAAAUUGAUAACAGCUCACUUGGGUGAGGUGGAGGGGAGAUUGUCGUACCUUCACAAUUUGAUAAUCUUGCGCAAUCAGAUCAAGAAUUUUGACAUACAUUAUACGAGAAAUGACUAUACAAUAGACUUUACCAGUGGAAUCUCACACAUUUGGAAUUUGUUGAGAAGAAGAACUACAGAACAAAGACAGGAAGGGUUCUUCGAAAUUGCUAGAAAAACUGUGCCCCGAGUUAUCAACAAUAUGAUUGAUGCCAACCAAGAGAUAGAAGUUGAGCUCAAUACUGCAGUCAGUGAACUUUUAACGCAUUGUUCAAAUGAUAUAUGUGCGCCAGUUCUCGAAACUACAGAAAAUGCAAUUAGCGAGAAAUCGUUGUCUCAAUUCAAAGACAACGUUGUUAUCAAGAUUCCCAAGCUAUACAACGAUAUAAAAUCAAUAAUCAACGAUCCCGUUGUCACACACUUUCUAAUGAACAACUUAUCAGACUUGAUAUUGGCCACAUAUGAAGAAUUCUUGAAACAUGCCGAGGAUUUGCAACUGCAAGACCACAAAGAGCUUGAUUUGAUGGAAAUGGAUGCUUUAUCUGGGUUCAUUGGUGACACAGUUAAUCAAUUAUACGAGGAUGAACAGUACGACAAACCCGUAUUCAACGAAGAAGUUCUAGAGAAUCUUGAAUUAAACGACAAUGAGGUGGAGGGAUUCCAGCCUGGACCUGCUUCGGCAAAGACCAGCAUGAAUGAACUGGAUUUGACAAAGGUACCAAAUCCAGAUGCAGAGCACGCAGAAUAUGGUGACAUGGCCAACAAAUCGCCUUCCCCAACUUCACCGAUGUAA